AAAAACGUGGCGGUAUAGUCUGUGGCCGGAGACGACUUGGACGACAUGCGGUGUCUAUUGAUAUUUGGGUCUUUGUUCAUAAUAUCGGCAACCUACUGUUUGCCAUCGCCAUGUGAAUGUGAAAGAGAGCCAGAACCGGGCCCAGUUAACCCAAAAGACGAGCCGCCUGUAGUCCAGCCUCCCACUGACAAAUAUCCUGAUGGAACUCGAACCGAAAUUUUAUCCCACGUUUCUAGAAAUUCCUCACAACUCAAAUCCUCAUCGAAGACCAAAAGCUCCGAAAAAGUAAAAAUAAAGAAAAAGAAAGAUGGCAGCACCGUCACUAUCAUCAUCGAUAAAUCCAAGACGAAGAACAAAACGAAAGGCAUCUCAGAUUCCUUCGACCAAACCAACCAUACGCUCAUAGAAGGAGGGGUGGAAGAACAAGACAGUUUAACUAAAGAAAAACAGCAAAGAGUUAGAGAAGUAAGCGUAGCAAAGAAUAUAACUAAACAAAUAAUCGUUAGAAAUCCUGACGGAACUAUAAGAUACGAAAAGGUAAAAUCGAAAACUUCAGCGAAAGACAAAAAGUCGGUGAGGAGUAAGGAAUCGGAAUCUUUAGUGCGUACGAAGAAGACAAUGACUACUGGAAGUACUGAAGAGCCGUGUGUGACCGUGACCGUCCCGCCGACGCCACCGCCGUGCGAGUCAACGACAACAUCAACAACAGAGCCGCCGACAACAACAACAACAGAGCCGCCGCGGCUGCCGUGCGGAUGUCUCCGAACGACGACGACAACUGAUAAACCGGAGACGUGGCCGUGUGGUCACCCCAAGCCGACGGAAGACUAAUCACCACUUGACCAGAUAUCGAUAUGUUUUCUAGCAAUUUCGGUGCAGCAUGGUAGAAAGAGCGAGUCGCUGAGCGAUGAACUAUAUCACUCGGUCUCUUUUUUAUUUGCACUGUGAUGAGCGACUAUCAUUUGUUAAUUUUCCCCUCACUAACUCGGAAACACGUGUUUUGUCCUUUAAUACCAGCGGGUAAAAACGCAUUUUAU